CGGAGAGAAACACAGAUGUCUCUCUCUUUCAUUCACUCACCGCCAUUUCCGAAUACUCCAUUUCAGAAACCCUAGUUCUCGCUAAAUUCUUCGAUUUCUUCUGAUUCUUCAUUCUUCAUUGAUAUGCUAUUCUGAUUUUCAACUUUCUUUGCGCAUGAUCGAGAGAGAUGCGAAUGUUAUUCAGGAGAAAUGCAGCUUUCGGAGCUGCUCAUUCUAUUUCUUCGUUGCCGAACAAGAGAAUUGAUUAUCGAUGUAUCGUCACCACAUGCCGAGCUGUUCUCUUGCCAAGGUUUGGUGGACCGGAAGUGCUUGAGCUUCGCAAUGAUAUAAUUGUUCCAGACUUGAAGCCAAAUGAAGUUCUUGUUCGCACUCGUGCCGUUUCCGUCAAUCCUCUUGAUACCAGAAUGCGAGCUGGUUAUGGAAAGUCGAUAUUUCAACCUCUUCUGCCGCUUAUUCUGGGGCGUGAUAUUAGUGGUGAAGUUGCAGCUAUUGGAUCUUCUGUUCAUUCUCUUCACAUUGGACAGGAAGUGUUUGGUGCUCUGCAUCCAACUGCUAUAAGGGGGACCUAUACAGACUAUGCAGUUCUUCCAGAAAAUGAACUUGCUCUGAAACCAGAAUCAGUCUCACACGUGGAAGCCAGUGCCAUUCCUUUCGCUGCCCUAACUGCAUGGCGGGCCUUAAAAAGUACUGCCAGGAUUGCUAAAGGGCAAAAUAUACUGGUAAUUGGUGGAGGUGGUGCGGUUGGUUUUUCAGCAAUUCAGCUAGCUGUAGCAGCUGGUUGUCAUGUCUCAACCACCUGCGGAGGUGAAAGUAUAGAUCGGAUUUUGGAAGCUGGUGCGGAGCAAGCUGUCGACUACACUUCACUGGAUAUUGAAACAAAAAUUGAGAAGCAGUUUGAUGCUGUUUUGGACACGAUUGGUGUGCGAGAGACAGAACGGUUAGGAAUCAACCUUUUGAAGAGAGGUGGAAAGUACAUGACACUGCAAGGGGAGGCAGCUUCAUUGUCGGAUAGUUAUGGUUUAGUUUUUGGACUCCCAGCUGCUACUGCCAUUCUACUGAAAAAGCAGAUGCAAUAUCGAUAUUCACAUGGAAUAGAUUACUAUUGGACAUACAUGAGAGCUGACGACGAAGGAUUAGCGGAAAUCAGAAAGCUAAUGGAGGCAGGGAAGUUGAAAAUGGAGGUGGAGAAAAUACUGCCAAUAACAGAAGUGAAACAGGCUCACGAGGACAAAGACAAGAGACGGGUCAUUGGUAAGGUGGUACUAGAAUUCGACUGAGUCUAAGAAACGAGGUUAGAGUAGACAAAUAAUUGCCGCCGUGCAUGAUUUUAUUGUUGCUAAGUAGUAGAGUAGGUAAAUAGUUCAAAGAGUGUUUUGAAAACAAGAAUUGGCAUAUUUGUUUGUUUGUUUUCUUCAUUCCCUAUCCUUAACACAAAGAAUAAAGUCCAAUAUGAGAAAUGAUAGUAAAAAGCUUUGGACUCUGCAAAAUAUUAUUAUGAUUUUGUUUGGU